AUGUCACGCGAGCAUACACCCCAUCUGUCUCGAGGCCCAUCUCUGGAACCGACCUUUGCUGAAGGCCACCAUAUUGCCGCAACAGCGGGAGUAUCCUUCCUUUAUCAUUCAUGGAAUCGAGGUGAUGCAGUCGAGGGAGAGGCUGUAUUACCAUCGGCCCCGUUGACCUGCCAUGGAGACAUCCCUCCGGUUCAAGUUCGACAAGACCAGCCGUUCCCCAAACGAGAGGAGGCAGAUGCGCUUUUGGAGCGCUACUUUCGUUUUGCAACGCCAACCUAUCGCUUCCUCCAUCGGCCAACGCUCGAGAAGUGGACAUCUCAACUGUUGUCAGGGGCUCGUAUGUUGACCGCAGAAGUCGCCUGUACCCUGUUGGUGUUCUCGCAAUCGCUUCUGUAUACGAGGGAGGGCGAUAGAUACGUUGACGGCGAGGACCAAGACCUCAACCGGAGCCAAUUCUAUUUCGAGAAGGCCAAGUCGCUUCUUAAUCAAGAGCCUGGACCAGCCUCCGUUACAAGCGUCCAGGCCAGGCUUGCCAUGUGUCUGUACCUUCUGAGCACUUUCCGGAUCAACGAAUGCCGGUUCUGCUUCAGUCUGGCUUGCACGCUCUUGACAUCCAUAGGCCUGCACAGAAAGAUUUCUUCCGCCCACAGGCUAGAUCUGGUGACAUUGGAGUCGCGCAAACGCACAUUUUGGUGCGCUUAUGUUUUGGAUGACUAUCUGAGCGUCAUGCUUGGGCGGCCGCGAAUGCUCCGCGACGAGGACAUCGACCAACCGUAUCCUCGGAACAUUGACGAUCAAGACUUGCUGUCGUCCGAAUCGCCCGAGGACCUGCCCUUGCAUGGCAACCUGGAAGCGUUCAUCGCUCAUGCGGAUCUUGCGAAGCUAAUGGGACGCAACAGCGAUCUCCUCUAUCCGAUCCAACCACUGUCCGAAGAUCAGCUAUUCGACCGUACCAACAGCAUGCUUGAGGCCACGCUAGAGUGGAAAGACAGUCUCCCUGACUUCCUCAAACCUCGCGAUAAGACACUGGCUGGGCAGCGAACGUUCGAGCGUCAGAACACCGUCUUGAAGCUGGCGUAUGCGCAUCUGCGGAUUCUUGUCACUCGGCGGUGCCUGCUCGCGGACUUCUCGCGCCUUGGCCGAAGGGCCUCGUCGGUCCUAGACGAGAGGGCUUUGAACCCGAUUCGGGAAUGUGCCAGUGCCAUAAGCACCAUCCUCAAUACCACGUGUGACUUGAUUCAACGGGCUGCCAUGUACCAGUCCUUCUGGUUCACCCAGUAUAUCGCUCUCGUCGCGGUGUCUACCCUGUACGUCUUCGUCAUCCAGAGCAGCCGCGCCAACAUUCCACCAGGUGUCUUUCCCGACAUGAACGUGUUCUUCGAUAAGGCUAAGCUUUGCCAGGACCAACUAGCCACGAUGGCACCAGAAGGCAGUCAGGCACGGCGGCACUGUCAGCUGCUGAGUCGGCUUCGACUCCGUGCCGAGAAAGAUGCUGCGCGAGCGAAAAGGAGCAAUGGAAUGAGGGCGUCGGGCUUGGAGCAGACAGCGAUCUCGAGGACGGCAGCGUCUCACGAGUUCGCGCCUCCAUCGACGACAUCACAUCUGACCUCUUCUUCGGAACCAGCAGACUCCCAGGGCAUCCCAGGUCCUCGACCAACCCACCCUGACCCAACUUCCGAGCAACCUGAAUAUGCCAACGACGCGGUCCGACCCGGGGGCGAAAGCGGUCUGUCUCGCAUGGAUGGGGACGUAGAUGUGGACGCGGCGCUCGUGAGCCAGUUCACGCCAUCCGACGACGACUUUAUGUUUCAGAACCUCCUGGGCUGGGGCUGGGAGAGUCUGGACACGGUCGGGUUUCCCGGGGAGGGGGACCUGUUCAGCAUCCACCCGUGA